ACACCUCCCUCCCCGUUCACCUAUCUCCCUCCCUCCCUCUCUCUCUCCUGGCGGCGCCGCCCUCUUCGUCUUGCCCCUUUGCCGGCGACGAGCAUCCAACCACCUGCGUACGGUCCUCAGGAUGCAAUCUUUGCUCCGGAAUGUCUGCCGAGCCGGAAGCCGCGGGGCUGCGGCGAGGCUCCUGAAGUUUGCUGCUCCUGUAGCCGCUCAGCCGGGUGCUGCCCCGCCACCCUCGGCCGUCAAACACCUCAGCACUUGCGGGUUCACUCCUCCAACCGGGAAUCGGUUCAUUUCCGGUGAUGUUGUUCCUGCCUCGUCUGGUUUCUGCGCAAAGUUUCUCAUGGCGAGGGGUUUGUCGACGGUGGGAAGUGCUGAGGUUGCCUCGGACGAGGACGAUUCCAGCUCCCCUGCGGUUGAGCACCCCCCACGCAUCAAGUUCAAGAGGCCUGACAAGACUGCCAGGCACAUUAUGAAUAUCUUGAACAAAGAGGCGGUUGAUAAGGUCCACUCGGAGAGGGAGAUUCCUGAUGUGCAGCCUGGAUGCAUCAUUCAGAUGAGAUUGCAAGUUCCUGAGAACAAAAGGCGAGAGUCUACACUAAAAGGGAUUGUGAUAGCAAGGCGCAAUGCUGGGAUAAAUACAACCUUCAGAUUGCGGAGAUUAGUAGCUGGUGUGGGUGUCGAAUCUGUCUUUCCACUUUACUCGCCAAACAUCAAAGAAAUGAAGAUCUUGGACAGGAAGAAAGUGAGGAGAGCUAAGCUGUAUUACCUGAGAGACAGGAUGAAUGCACUUAAAAAAUGAGGCUUCCAACCUGUUGUUUCUACGAUUUUUGCUCUGUUGGAUCAACCCGCAUGGUUUCUGACGGCACGACGGUUGCAGUCUGAGAAUCACACCUGUUUGGUCCCAUAUUUGAAAUCCAUAGUUUGGAGUACUUCUCAUGCUUGGUUUCUAGAGUGCUAGGGGAGAACACAAUUUAAUAGUGGGGAUUUGAUCUGCAAAUGUGACGAGGUCUCAGCUGAAAAAAAAUGUGCUGAGGUUUCUUGCUUCCCCUUAUUUACCUUGUUUUUUCCCUCUAUCGUAAAAAAGCUGGAAUAUUUGACGCGCCAAAGUGAAACUAUUAUUAUUA